AACAAUUUCCCCCAUUUUUUCUCUGUCUUUCCCCCCAUUUUUUUUCAUUUCCUUUCAGGUUUGCAGAGCCCUAAGUUUCGAAAGAACAAUCUCUCUCUCUCUCUCUCUCUCACGGAGGCGAGCGACGAGCGGGGAAUUUUGGUUUGGACGAGCAACCGGCAGGACCAUGAUUCUCGACAAGGGUCAGCUUCUCGAGACCAAGCAAAUGUUCCGCGACGCCGGUGAGCAGUGGCCUGUUAUUAUCCCCGAGGAGGAGAUCCGCCGAGCAGCCCCUGGUACUAAGACUGAAAUGGGAAGAGCACCUUGCUGUGAGAAAGUGGGGUUGAAAAGGAGAUGGACUGCAGAAGAAGAUGAGAUCUUGACCAAGUACAUUCAAGCUAAUGGGGAAGGUUCUUGGAGGUCUAUGCCCAAGAAUGCUGGGUUACUUAGGUGUGGGAAAAGCUGCAGACUGAGAUGGAUUAACUACUUGAGAUCUGACUUGAAGAGAGGCAACAUAUCUUCUGAAGAAGAAGAAAUCAUCACUAAAUUGCACUCUACUUUGGGCAAUAGGUUGGCUAUGCAUGAAGAAUCAUCAUCCAGGCGAAAGGCGUAUGAAGAUUGCUAUUAACUUUUGUUUUUGUUACCCACGAAAGAAUCAUGAUGA